AUACAGGGAAGUUUGAAGUUCCCGCUGUAGAGCGCGGCAGGCUCAGGUGUAGCGUGCGGUGGGCGGGGCUUGUGUAACUCCAAGCAACACACUUACACACACACACACACUGGGCAACACACAGCCUGGACUGAGGACUGCGGGCAUUGCAAUGCUGGACAGGGAUAUACACAUUACAAUACACAACUGCUUUAUCCACACACACUUGCAGUGCAAUGCAAAGGUAGAGUACACUUGCAGCAUACACACAAUUACUGAUAUAUAGCACAGACCCACAACCUGUACCUGUUACCUACACAUUGCUUUCUAUAUACAGGCAGAACACAACUUCUCCACAGCUACACACACAACCAUUGUGUAUAGACACACACAGACCCACAAUAGUGGUAUCUGGGGAUAUCUGCCUCAUACACACUGCUAGAAACUUCUUUACAGCUGCUGCAAACAUUAGACCUAUUCCCAGGCCAGCGUACAACUAGAAUACAGGCUCGCUGUCCUCCAUUUAGCUUCCACACUCACAUUUGCUGCAUACUAGUACAACCUGUGUGUACAAAAUCUGCUGUACUGCACAUGCUGCCAUCUGACACGUCCAGCACACUCUAAGUGUCUUCAUUGAUCAAGGCAGGUGUGCAACUGCUGCAUACACAGUGCGGUGAGGACACACAGCUGUGUACUAGCUUGCAGCAUUGCUAUAGUCCUGUACAGCUCUAUCGCACAUCGCAGUAUAGAUAUAGACCUGGUACUGUCACCCAAUACACACCACGGGAUGCAGCUAUAACGCCGGGCACAGCAGGGUAUCGGUUGCGCACACUCGGAGGUCAUUGAUACCAAUAUUUUUAUAUUUUCAAACACUCUUGCAUAGUGGGAGAAGCUGAGUUUGUUUAGAUUCCACUUCUGAUUACCUUGGAGAAAUCGUAUCCACCGGGUACAGUGCGCCAUCAUGCAGGCAACAGAUUUGGGCAGCAGAGAGACGGGCAAGAUCUGGCACAGGAAGCCCACGCCGACCUCCAGUGAUGGGAUUAUAGUGAAUCUAAUGCAUGGAGCUGCAGCUUCUCACACCCAGACAAAGCGGUUUCUGCAAGUAGCAUUUGAUGAAGUUGGCGAUUGCUUCCUCGCCGGCGAUCACUUAGGAAACAUCUAUCUGUUCAACCUAAACACAAACAGGUUUGAUCUGGUCCAGAAAACGAUGCAGGCUUGCACAGCUUUGGCAUUUACCCUACACAGGAAAUCUGAGUUUCUUGUGGCUCUUGCAGAUUAUUCCGUGAAGUGUUUCGAUAAAGAUAGCAAAGAACUGGUAAGCUGGAUGCGAGGACACGAGUCCACAGUCACAUCGAUCUCUGUACACGGUUCUGGCCGGUAUGCCGUCACCACAUCCAGUGACACUGCUCAGCUCUGGGACCUGGACACCUUCCAGAGGAAGAGAAAGCUGAAUGUUCGCCAGUCUGUGGGAAUACAGAAGGUAUUUUUUCUUCCGCUAAGUAAUACAAUCCUGAGCUGUUUUAAGGACAAUUCCAUCUUUGCUUGGGAAAGCGAUACUCUUACCUGCAAAUACCAGCUUCCGCCUCCCGAGGAUGGGUCCAUGGUGCGAUACAAGGCCUUUGCUGUUACAAGGGACGGAAGGAUGUUGGCAGCUGGAGGAAAAUCCAACAACGUGCAUUUGUGGUGUCUGACCUCCAAGCAGCUAUUCAGAGUCCUCCAGAUGCCCGGUACGGUGCGGAGUGUGCGCCAGCUCCUGUUCCUUCCUGACAGCUUUGAUGGAGGGUCCAGUCAGGUUUUAGGUGUGCUCAGUCAAGAUGGGAUAAUGAAGUUCAUCAGUAUCCAAACAUGCAAACUUGUGUUUGACAUUGGAAGCCAUGAUGAUGGCAUUGUGACUUCUUCUGUUAGCCCAAAUGGACGAUACAUAGCCAGUGUCAUGGAUAACGGCAGUGUGAAUUUGUACAGCGUUCAGGCUCUGACUAAGGAAAUCAAUAAGCCUCCGCCACCACUUGUAAAAGUGGUUGAUUUAAGUAAAGACAAGGACUCCACAAUGGAAAAGUCUAAAGCCAGCAGUAGGAAAGUUAAAGUGUCAUCGAGCCGGAUAUGUCGCCCAUGGAAGUCGAAGGAAGAAAUAGUGAAGACCCGAAUUUUGCGCCCAGAUGGGGAUGAUAACGACAGUAAUAAAGAGAAUUCAUUGCCAACUGGACUGAACAAGCAGCGCCUUUUAGCGUUAUUGAAGGGCUUUGGGGAGUAUCCAACGAAAUACAGGAUGUUUAUCUGGCGCUCACUGCUCCAGCUACCAGAGAACCAUGCAGCUUUCAGCAGCCUUACUGACAAAGGCACCCAUCCCCAGUACCAUCAACUUCACCAGGAAUACCCCAUUAAGAGCAGGAAGCUCCUGAGAGUGUUACAAAGGACACUUUCAGCCUUGGCUCACUGGUCUGCCAUAUUUGGAGAGACCAAAUACUUACCUCUGAUGGCCUUCCCAUUUGUCAAGCUUUUUCAGAACAAUCAGCUCAUCUGUUUUGAAGUUGUGGCUACUGUCAUAACUAACUGGUGUCAGCAUUGGUUCGAAUACUUUCCUAAUCCACCAAUCAACAUCCUCGGCAUGGUUGAGAAUGUUUUGGCGCAUCACGACAAGGAGGUUCUUCAGCAUUUUGUGAAUUUUGGCGUUACGUCCCAGAUUUAUGCCUGGCCACUCCUGGAAACUCUGUUCUCUGAGGUUUUAACCAGAGAAGAAUGGCUGAAGUUGUUUGAUAAUGUGUUCUCCAACCAUCCCUCCUUCCUGCUGAUGGCGGUAGUGGCCUAUGUCCUGUGCUCACGCUCUCCUUUACUGCACUGCAACCAGAAGGAAGACAUAGAGUAUUUUUUCCAUCACCGGAAUAACCUGGAUAUCAAUCUGAUGAUUAAAGAAUCAUACCAUCUAAUGGACGCCACCCCAGCCGAGAUCCACCCUCAGCGUCUUCUCAGUGAAUUUGUGCCCCUCACUAAGGGACAGUAUCCCAUAUUCAAUAAAUACCCCAAAUUCAUUGUGGAUUAUCAGAGUCAGGAGAGAGAGAGGCUUCACCAGGAGGAACUGGAAUAUUUACGAGAGAAACAAAUAACCCAUGAAGUAGAGGCAGAAGCAAUAAAACGCAGAGCUGAAGAUGAAGCCUGGUAUCAACAGCAAGAACUCCUCCGAGGAGCAGAGCAACAGAGACGCCAACUACUAAUGGAUGAGGAGAAAAGGCUGCUGUACCAGAGACAGAGGUUGGCAACUGUCAAACGAGAUCUCAAAUUAAAGGAGCUCCAGGUUCUGGAUGGUGCACGAAGGCGAUUUUCAAGACACCAGCAGGAUCAGCGCAAGAUGGAGCUCAAACGCCUGGAUGAUGAGAUUGAACGCAAAAUGUGCAUACGAGAAAGAGAAACUGCGACGGUCAUGCAAGAUGUGGAGCUCAAACAGAUGGAACUGGAGGCCCAGAGACGCUUCUAUGACCAAGUAGGUUCUAAUCCUAGGUGUCUCUGGAUGUUCUGUUAUUGUGUAUUUAAUUACGUGUAUCCCAUAGACCCCCAUUUUUUAGAAACUGUUAUAACAGAGGUGAUUCUAGUUCGUAGUGAAAGUGACUUUACAACCACAUUUAUUCUGUUACUUACGCUUAUUUUUCUCCCACUUCUUGGUAAUUGGAGCACUGUCAAUGUAACCGGUGUAUUUCACAGCUGCCCCGGUGGGAAGGCCAAGUCACAAGUGCCUUCCAGGGAGAUCAUGUCUAUACAGUGUGAGAUCUCACCAGAUUUUGGAGGAAAAGUUUUUUUUUUCUCACAUGACUGUUUAUGUGCUGCAAUAUCCCUUCAGUUGCUGGAAGAGAGUUUGGCAAAAGCCGAUCAUCUGUGCUCGGGGACCGAGUGGAAAAUGAAAGCUCUUCACAAACAACAGCAGGACGACCUAAAGCGCAGCAAACAUUAUGAAGAAAUGUUGAAACUGACCGAAGGUAUUAAAGAGCAGGAGAAGCAGCUGCAUGAUGUCGUCAAAGAGCUGGAAACCCAAAAGUGGGCUGAGGCGUCUAACAGACUUGGGCAGCUAGAAACAGAACAAUUUGCAAAAUCCACACAAGAUGCUGAAAGGAGGACGUUUUUGCGCACAGGAACAGUACAGGAGGUGGCAGCAGAGGACAUCUUACUACAGACUGACAAGGAAUAUUAUGACCGAGUUCUGAAUCAUGGAGUGCCCACAAGGAAUUCUUUACGGGAAGAGGCAGAUGGUCAGAAGAAGACAGGAAAUGUGUGUUUAAAUGAUGUGUCCUCCUCUGACUCCUCCACCCACUUUUCUUUGGAUCGAGGAAGGGGAGAUUUGGAGACUAAAGAGCGUGUUCUCCUGUCAGAAGUACGAGAGCUCAGACAGAAGUUGGCUUCCCAGGCUCGCAAUAAGUAUCCGACCUCUCUUCACUCAGACACACUAUGGACUUGAUACUGAUCUUGUUACAAAGUUCUUUCAAUGCGAUUUGUAUUUAUUUUAUUUUUCACAGUUUGACUGUGUUUUGUACAGUUUUGUUUUAUUAAACUCAGUUAAUAAAAUCAGUCUUUGAAUAAAAAAUAAAAAAACACAA